GGGGAAUGCGGAUUUAUUUUAACCCCACGUAAUUCGUGGAAGUGCAACUGAUGCAACGCACACGGGUGUUUCUUUCUCACUCUCUCUCUGUCAGUCUUUGCAUUUUUCGCUGUCCGGCUUAGCAGCGCGAAGCCAAAGCGCCACCGCGGCAAAUAACCUGUUGUGGGUGCGUGGAGAUGUUUGGAAUAAUCAUCAGCAGCAGAAGCGCCGCUCGCGAGUUUCGCGUGCGGCCCGUGGCACGCGGACGUCCCAUUCGGCCCUCGUCCCAAGCGGAAGGCCAGGAAAGGCGCCAUGGCUGCGAUCAACAUAGUCGCUCUGCUGUUCAUAAUCGCGUACUACUUUGCAGUCAUUAUCGUGGGCGUCUGGGGACGCCGCAAGGCGCCCCCGACGCAGAUCCAAUCGACCGGCCCGCUUGGGUCCCGCAUAUCCAGGCGGAAUAUUGACGAGGACGAGAGGGAUAACGUCCUGCUCAGGCUGUUCGUUGCCAAUCGGGAGUUGCCGCGGGUGCUCGGCGUCGCCUCUAUGAUCGCAACCUGGGUUGGAGGUGGUUAUCUGAACGGCACCGCCGAGGCAGUCUACAGGUACGGCAUCGUGAACUGCCAAGCUCCGCUUGGCUACGCGAUGAGCCUGGUUCUUGGCGGCACUUUCUUCGCGACCAAGAUGCGGCUGACAGACUCGCUGACCAUGCUGGACCCGUUCCAGACGCACUACGGCCGCUGGUCGGGGCUGAUGUUCUGCGUGCCGGCCGUGCUGGGCGAGUUAUGCUGGACGGCUGCCAUACUAGCGGCUCUGGGUGACACGGCGAGCGUGAUCAUCAGGGUUGACUCUCAGAACUUCAUCAUCAUCUCGGCGUCAAUAAUCUUCCUCACCUCUCUGGGUGGUCUCUUCGCGGUCGCGUACACGGACUGCCUCCAGCUCGCCACCACCACCAUACUGCUGUGGAUAUGCGUGCCUUCAUGCGUAGCUCACAAGGCGGUGGGCACUCUGGGUCCCCAGUACACCGACUGGAUCGGCUCCGUCAACAGCGAGGAUCUCAGCCAGGCCCUCGACUUGUUCCUCAUGACGGCGCUUGGAGGAAUCCCGUGGCAGGUCUACUUUCAGCGUGUGCUUGCCAGCCAGAGCGUGGCGGAGGCCAAGAUUCUUUCGUUCUUGGCGGCCUUGGGUUGCAUGUUCCUCGCUGUGGCUCCCGUCAUCGUCGGAGUUACCGCCAAGCACACCAACUUUACGGUGGCCGGCUACCCGGGAUCGUAUGAGCUGAACGAGGAGGACAGCCCGCGGGUUCUGCCGUUCGCCAUCCUGUACCUGGCCUCGAGCACGAAGGCCAUUUUAGGCCUCGUCAGCAUAGCGGCCGCCGUCAUGUCGUCCGCCGACUCCUCCAUGCUGAGCGCCUCAACAAUGAUCACCAGGAACGUCUACCAGACCCUCUUCCGGCCCACGGCAACAGAGGAGGAGUUGGCGCUCGCGCUGCGCACCACGAUCUGCGCCCUGGGUUCGCUGUCCGUGUACAUGGCGCUCUCGGUGAACUCCGUGUUCGCUCUGUGGAACCUGUGCGCGGACAUCGUCUACGUUCUGAUCUUCCCGCAAUUACUCUGCGUGUUUUACUUCAAGGAGACCAACACAUACGGCUCAGUUUUGGCUUUCAUCGUGAGCGGCGUGUUCCGGUGCCUCUGCGGGGAGCCCUCCAUCAACGUGCCCGUGGUGGUGCAACUGCCCCUGUACGACCCGAAAUUGGGCCAGCGGUUUCCGUUCCGCCUGUUGUCAAUGGCGCUCGGCCUGGCCGCGCUCCUCCUCGGUUCGUACGCGACCGCCGCGGUCUUUCGCAGGGGUUUUCUGCCAGAGCGGUGGGAUGUGUUCCGCUGCUUCGCUCAGCCGUCACUGACGUACCAGCAUCGCGUGGCCUCGAUCGUCUCCUUCGAGCAGGGCACCGGCACCGGCAGCGUAGGAAACGAGAACACGGCCGGGGCCGCCACCAGCAAUCGGCGUGUUUCGAUCAUCGAUAUGGCCAGCGAGAGAGACGCUACCGCGACGCGAGUUUCCAAGGACAACCGGAGGAUGUCGUAUGCCCCUGAGCUUAACCGGAGGAUGUCGUUUGCCCCUGAUCUUUCCCGUGAAGCUCAAGACGGCACGCGACCGAGCGCAAGGAGAUUCUCGAUGGCCAUGUUUCGGCAAAUCCCGCAGACGCGGUCUGAUGUGGCCCUCACCGGUGCUCGGGACGUUUCGACCGCCGAUAAGGCCAGUGAGAGAGCGAACAUCCGCUCGGGGGUUUCCAAUGAGGAGCGCAGGCUGAGGGCGAAGCUUCCCGACGAAGCUCAAAAUCGCAACUCCCUAAGCACAAGGAGAGUCUCGUUGGCCCCGGUCCGGAAACAGUCUUCGGGGAUGCAACCGAGCUUGGCGCAGCAAUCGUCCGGGACGGUGGGCAAGUCUCUCGCGGGCGGCGCCGCCGCCUCAGAGGGGAAGGCGCCACGCAAAAGGUCUAAGUCUGUCAUCGCCAAAAGUGGCAGCAAGGAGAGGCCCAGGAAGUCCGUCUAACACGGAUCGAACUGAUUGCGGCCAACUCGCCACGGCAGCGGGCGUGAGGGCAACCGUGAUUGUGCACCCACUGUUCAAGAAGGGCUGUUUAGAGACAUACUUUCACUGCGCCCUUUCUUUCUAUUCUUUAAUAUUCUCACAUUCCUCUUUGAUGCGUACGCUACUCUUUGGUGGCUUUCGUAAUGCACCCUCCUAUUUCAUCACGUAAUCGUCUCCGUCUAACGUGUCCCAAGAUUUCUUUCGCAAUUUGACAAAUAAUGCCCAGACUUUUGCGAGGCUCAAAUCAGCGCAUGUGCUGCGUCGUGAAGUGCCGUGCAGAUAUAAAACUGCAGAUAAACUCUUGACGUAACUAGCUUAGCACGCUGCUUGGCGGAUGUGACGCUAAAGUGUUGCUUUUCGAAAAAUUUGCGUCGUUCAUUAUUGAGACCGAGCUUCCGGCGAGUGUCAUUUUUCAACGUGUGCGUUGCUUCGCCUACAUGUCUUCGCUUCACCUCAACAUGUAUGAUUUAUGCAUUUGUAACUGAAUGAGACGACACAACCGCAUCCGGUACUUUUUACAUCCGGUACAUCUGCGUAUUAAUAAAAGGAACUGUACCCACUUCA